AUGGAUAUUGUCCAGCACGCUGCAAUUGGCUCUGCCGCAGCCAGCGGUGGACUGACUAUAGUGCAGUGUCUACUGGCCCGACGCGUCAAGCCUCCAAGCUCUCUGGCCUUGUCCCUUGGGGCUUUCACCGGCGUUUUCAGACUUCUGGAAGGAAUUGGCCGCAAAGUCUCGACUCGAAAGGGACAGCGGCUCUUCACUGCAUCUCAAGCGGCGGCAUUUGCUGCAGCCGUGGCGUCCCUCCUGUUGGACACCGAGAAGAAGACUAUCAUCGUCUCGUACGCAGUUGUCCAGGCAGCUUUGAACGCCCUAAAGGAGUGUACAAAGCUUCCGGACGUCAAGCAUAUCGGUCUUUCGCUGGGAGCGUUGGUCACAGGUCCGUUGAUUGACUUGUGGAUCUACCAGAGCGAUGCCAUCGCUCCCUCUCAACUGGCAGCACUCGACAGCUUCUGCCAACUUCCUCCAAGUGUUUUACGCCGUAUGCGAGACGAGCUACCAGCAGGGAAGCUACUGUCGCGGUGCGAUGUUUUCCACCGUGGACAGACCUGCGCGCAGUUCCACCGGGACUUCUUCAUCAACGGCAUGAAGUUCGCCAUGAGGCUUCACGUACCUAUUUAUGCCGUGUCAGUGCUCGCUCCCGAGUACAAGCGCUGGAUCUACGGACCCCGCCCCAGCAUUCUUCUCGCUUGUGCGACUGUCCGAAUGGCCGGCGCACUCACCACGCUGGCGUUUCUCCUCGAGCACAAGCACCGGCGCGGCAGCAUCAUGAAGACAAUGGGAGUGUACGUGACGGGCGCUCUUGCUGCUCGCGCUGCAGCAGCGCUUGCGAUCCCGCCAAAGACAGUGAAGCUCGGCCAGCUCGUGCUGCUCACUGUGGCCGUGGCUGUGCUCUUCCGGGACGUGACGCCGGACUCGUCGCGGAUGGCCCGCAUGCUCUUCGGAUACAGCCACGAACCCGCUUUGGUUGAUGACGAGCGCACUGGUGUAACAGCAAGUCAAGGCGACGAGACAACGGGCGCGAAGGAGCUCGCGUACCGCGCCGAGCUACAAGAGCAGAACACUCGCGCACGGAGCGGUCGCGAUUGCACGAAAUGGCUCAUUUUUCACCCGACUGUCAGAAAAUCAAGCAAAGACGGGGCCGAGCUGUACGACCACAGCUUUGAAAUCAGCGGCGACUUUGGCGGCUACACAGUGGGGUGCGACACACUGGAUCCAAGAGGCGGUUACGAGCGUCACCUGACCGUCGAAACGCGCACGCACGCACAGACCGACAGACCGACAGCCAGUCAGCCAGCCAACCAGUCGAAACAACUAGAACAGCACCCGAACGACAGUGUUGCCCUUUGA